CGUUGGUUAACUGGAUAAGCCGGCUGGCCGCGGCGCACCAGAGAGAGCAGAGAAAGGUGAAGCCAAACAUGAGUCCCGCCGCCGCCGCCGCCGCCGGAUGCCACCUCCUCCUCCUCCCCACGACGAGCAGGCCAUGCGGCGGGCCUCCUCCUAGAGCGUUAGCACGAGCAUCGGCCGCAGAUGGGCGCGUGUCGGUGGUGGGUCGCCGGCCGCUGGAGGAGGUGUACAAGGUGCGGGUGGAGCGCGGGGCGGCGGCGCGGGAGCGGGUGGAGGCGCUGCGGGUGAUGGAGACGUGGUCCACCUGGCGCACGGGCGGGCGGUGCCGCAUGCCCUGGGACUGGCAGGUGGACCAGCUCGUCUACAUCGUCUCCGGCGAGGUCCGCGUGCUCCCGAACGAAGCCACCACCGGCGAGGAGUACAUGCACUUCGUCGCCGGCGACCUGGUCCGGUACCCCAAGUGGUUCGAGGCGGACCUGUACUUCGACGGGCCCUACGAGGAGCGCUACCGAUUCCUCGCCUACGGGGAUGACAACUGAAUCCAAUCGCGCGAAUCCAUCCAUGACCAUGAGUGGACUAAUGCCAAGCUUGUUCUCCCUAGUCGAGUAGUGUAGCGAGUUGGGGGCGCCCAGGGAAGGGAAGGGACAAUUCUUCUUCUCUAGCGCGUCGAGCAAUUUAGUAUACUGUAUUUUAUUUCAGUACUAUCGAUUUUUGACUGCUUGUGCUGCAUUACUUUUACAACUUUCUAGCUUAGACAUCUAGUACUGCUAAAACAUGAGCAUCUGCAAAAUGAGACUGGAAUGAUGUGUAUGGUUGAUUUGUUUGUAGGAGUAAUAAUAAUAAUGCCUUGUUGCUUCAGCUAAUCUAUACAAUAAAGUGUUGUAAAAGGGAUGCUGCAAGCUGAUAAGUAGAUAUGUUUACGUGGCAGUUACUAAUGGUUGUGUACUGGUGUAUAACAGUUCAUCUACAUUGAACUUAUUUUUUUUUUCUGGAUAAGCUAAAUUGUUUUAAUAAAUGAAGUCCCUCACAAAACUACUCUGACAGGCUUAAAAGGUGUUUCCUGCUUGCACAAUAUCACAUUUUGUUCCUGUAAGCUACUCUUUUGCGAUACCCUGAUUCAUAUGAAGAGUGGGUUGUGAUCAUCAGUUGGUUGAAUUGUUGAUGGCAUCUUUGUAUGUAUCAGAAAACAAUUGGGUGCCUUUAGGCCAGCACCAUCUUGAACCUGCAAGUAGUACUAAUAUUCGAAAUGACAGUUCAGCCAAGAGAAGAAUAGUUGCAGGUUCAAACUUGACUUGUUGCCUAUAAUUUUCACACAUAAACAGCAUUUUGAGUUGUAUGUGUUGAUACUUACACAUUCACGCAAGUGAUCUGAGAUGUCACCUCACCAAUUCACCCUUCUGCAUUUAUCGAUUGCCUUUCUUACCAUAUUUUCCGUUAAGCAGGGUCAGCCAGGAAGAAUUUUGAGAGCGCUGGGACUGAGGGAGACCAUAUAAGUAUAUAACCAUGAAGGUUGUAUGUCAGGCCUCUACAGAAUGCCUGUAGAAGAGAAACUGCAAAAUGACCGAACAAGGCUUGGAAGAAAUGGUGCAGUCACAUUCAGCAUCAUUUGUCAGUCGACUCAUCUCCGGCAUGGCUCAAUUCCACAGAUGUUUGGCGUUUACCUUGGAACUCUGAUGCUAUGGUGCAGCAACCUAAUUAUGACUCACACAUGCCCUCGCAACCGGUCAGAAUUUGCAAGUCCAUCCUUUCGUCGGUGAAAUUCCGGACAUUAUAGGCUCCAACAAGAUGGUCCGGACAGUCAGAAGUUUAACUAACAACAUGUGAAGAACCUGACGAGGCUGCCUUCUCUUGGCUGGCUGUGGCUGACAUGAAAAUACAAUGGAAGGAUUAGAUUUGCUUGAUGAAAUCUCAUCCAAAUUCAUCUUGUUGGUUCGACUGUUAACGAUCAAGUAUUGUAUUACUUUUGAAACAUGGGAUCUUUUUGCAAGAGCAUUGCUCAUGUAGUUUUUUAUUCUUCUUUUUCGAGUGUCAAGCAGUAUUGUCAAGCCAUCUUAGGGCUAUUUUGAAACACAGAAAUUUUUUAGAGAACAUUUAAAUUUCAUCAAACAUUUAGCAAAAUUCCACCAAACA